AUGUCCAUGAUCGGCAAGCUCGUUAUGAGCCAAUCGAUCGGCCUGGCUGGCCUCAUCUACGCCCUCAUCGUACAUUACAAGGCCUUUGGUGUUCCGCCGUCCCCGGUGGUCCUUGUGGCGCAGGGCAUGUCUCCCCACCAGGAGGAUGCCUUUGGGAUGAGGGCUCGACCCACCGUAUCCUUCACCGGGAACGUGGGCGGGAGGCUCAGCCUAGGCACCCAGAUCCUGACGGUGCGCGGCACCCUCUCCGUGCGCUUCCACUGCCUUCCCACGGCCUUCGACCACAUUGAACUGACGGGCAUCGGCGUGGAUGUCAGCUCCCUGUCGCUGCUUGGUCCACCCCUGCCAGGUGGUUCCAGGCGCCCGAUGCCCGCGUCGGCUUGGGAGUCGUUGCUGCCUGGGAAGACAAGGCACCCCCAGGAGUCUCAGGUAUACUCCCUGACUCACGCGGUCUUGCGCAUCCUGGGUGAAGCAACCAACAGCCUGGCGAAGGCUUCGGAGUCCGAGAAUGCGGACCUCAGGAUCUCCCUGGACCUUGGCAUCGCCAAGUUCCGGUUCUCGCCGUGGCAUUUCCGGGAGUUCAUCAGCUUUGCGAAGACGACCCCGCCACCAGAUGUGGUACCCAUCCCGCUGCCGGGCAACCCUCUGCAAUGGAGGAUCCGCGUCACCUUCCGAGAAGGAGAGCUGCAGUGGAUCGACGAGGCCACGAACAAGCUCUUCGCAGUAUCGCGGAUGCAACAGUCGACUGUCUUGCUGGACCUUCAUCAGGACACCAUCUGCUUCCGCAGCGGCCUCCAGAACUUCACGAUCCAGGAUCAGCUCUCGAGUCGCACGCCGAUGAUCCUCGAGUACCGGCAGAAGGCCGGCUACGUGCUGGAGAUCAACGCCCGCACCUUCCUGCCGAAGUCACUGGAGUUCCGAGGCUAUCAAACGGAGGUGUCCAUCCGCUUUCAGUCCGUGCACUUGCAGUACAUGGGGCAGAAGUUCCUGCAAUGCUGGCAGUGGGCCCGGGCCUUGGCGAGAACCAGCUAUGACUAUGUCAGCGAACCUCCAAGUAAAACCCAGAUCUUCGGCGCCUUCCUCCCCGCCGUCACCGCGGGGCGUCGGCAGCCGCCUCCGAGACAAUCCCCGCCCAGCGAGGACGGGGAUGUGCCGCCGCCACCGCGGCCACCGUCGCUCUCGCGACAGGCUUCCAUCUCCCCCGCCCAGCCCGCGGCGGCGAACUUCGUGGAGCUGGCGGAAGGAGAGCUGGCGCAGGAAUCCGCGUGGCAGGCGGCGGAACAGGUGUUGCGGAAGGCCGCCUCCGACAAAGAUGCGCGCCUACCCGCUCUGACGAGGCUCCGCAUCUUCUUUGACGACCUUGUCGUGUCUGUGCCAUUGGAGCUGGGGGGGAGAAGCGAGAUGCCGGCCGUGGAGCUGCGCGCCAGGAGCCUCGUCGUCAGCAACGGUCCCGGGCGCAGGUCGGGGCGCGAGGCGCUGAUCGAUGCCCUGGCGCUCAGCGCGCGGCAGGUCGAGCUCUGGGAGGUUCCAGUAGAGACCCGUCUCCUGGCGCCGCAGGACAUGACCAUCCACAUCGACUUGAACCUCCAGGUCCAGAAGCCGCCCCUGCCCAUGCACGUGCUUUGGUACGCCUCCUCAGCGCAGUGGCAGCUGAGCUCCCGAGGUCUAGCGCUUCUGAGGGCGGGCUUCUCGCGAAACAUCGCCGGCAUCGACCCGGAUGUUGAGUCGCAGGUUACGCCGGACCAGAAUCAGCUGCUUCAUCCACAGAAGUACCCGAUCUGGCUCAUCUUCAGGCUGCUUUGGCGCAACUUCCGCUGGCAAUUCCAGGAGGAAGCCAAGACCUUCGCUGAGCUUGCUGCCAAGCAGCUGGUGGUCGAGGUCAAGAAGCACGCCGCCCCCAGGGCCCAAGUCAGCUUUAGCCUCUGGGAGGCGCGGCUCACUGCCGACGAGGUGCCUGUGGCCCUGCUCAUGGGCCGACGCCCCUGUGCCAAGGCGGCGGCGAGGUCUGGCGGACGGAAGGGUGGUGCCUCCAUCCACGGCGAGUACAUCUCGGACCACGCGAAGGGCCAGUCGUUUGAGAUCGACGGACACCGCCAACGCCUGCUGCUUCUGCGUCCGCUCCUUCGUCGGUGUUGGGGCUUUCUGUUUCCGAAGAAGCCGUGGUUUCCGCCGCCGCCCGUGAUGGGAGCCAGGCCUUCCGAGGAGCUGAGGGUGGUGGCGACGUUGCCAGAGGCCCACAUACUUCUCGUCGAGAAGCUGCAGUUGAAGACCGCGCCGCUCAUCUCCGUGCUCACGGGCCUGCGGUAUCAGCUGCAAUCGCGCUCGGGGGUGCAGUGGUGGCUGAACUUCCACGGCCUGGAGGUCAUCCGCUGCCAGAGCCGGGAAGCCGCCCUGGAGCUGGACGGCCGCGAGGACCCAUCAGGAUGCCAGCUGCUGACGACGGAGAAACAUGAAGUUGAGUUCCGCGUGGCCAAUGCUGCUGCACCACCUGCGGAAGCGGCAGAAGGGGCACCUGCGCCGACCGAGACGUCUGCGAGCCGACUGCUGGUGAAGGCCCUGCGACUGCGCGUCUCCAACAACGACCUUCGCCUCUUGGUGGCCUCCUAUCGCGCCGCCUGGGGCGAGGAUGAGGAGGCUCCGCCAGAACAGUUCGCCGUCACUGAGCACGUCCUUGAGUACCGAAUACCCGACGUCCGAGUGGUGCUUCUCAGCGAGCACGACACAGGGCCGCGAAAUCCAUUUCUGGACAUUUGCGGCUCAGACUGGGUUUACGUCCGCUGUCUCCGGCAUCUGGCACCGGGAGCCAACGCGGAGUCUCGGGUCACGGGCAAGGCGAGGAUCAGCAUCCAGCUGUUCAACCCCAACGUUGGAACGUUCGAGCCCCUGCUCGAGGGACAGGAGACGUCCACGGACGCGGAAUCAGAGGUUGUGCCAGGUGACAGGAAGUGGGGUAUCAAAGUCACCCGCAGCAGUGGGCCCGCGGCGCCCUCCUUGCCCUCCACCCCGACAGCUUCGGUCAGCGCCGAGGAGAACGCUGGAAAGUUCCAACCUCUGCGGGAAGUGAUCGCCGUUGACUGCCCCGAACCUCUGCUCUUGAAUGCCACCGACGCGUUCUGGCGUACUUUGCCAAGGCACUCGAUGUGGCUUUCCUUGUGGCGCGGUGGCGCAGAAGCGGACGAGUCAGUGGUGAAGGAGGUGCCGCAGUCGAGUGACGAUUUCGCUCCCUAUGCUGUGCGCAACGACCUCGGUGUGCCAGUCUUGCUGCGCUUUCCGGACAAGCCCAGUCCUCUCCGCUUGGCGCCGGGUGCAGAGCAGCGCCUGGACGCGGGCAAGGAGGAGGGAGAGGCCGCUGAAGGGCGACCGAAGCGGCCUGUGCUGGCAGUGCAGUUGGAGACAGCAGGCCCGGUGUCGUUUGAUGAGGUCGGGGAGAUCACCAUUGACCGCCUGGGGCGUGCGGUCCAUCCACUGGUCCGCUCAUGCGGAGUCGCAGCGCUCACGCGCAGCAGCCGCAGCUACCAGGGGAACCAGGCCAUGCUGGCGGGGCUCGUGGAGCAGCAGAAUGCGCGCCUUUCAAGUCGCUUGUCCAAGGAGCACAUGACCCGGGCCGCCAGUCAACCCAGGCUGUCAAGGGGCGGCGGAGAUGCAGCCGAUGCAGGCUGCCUGCCGCUGCCUUACCUUGUGGCCCGGGUCCGUGCGAAGGAGGCCUACAAGUUGCUUUUGCUGGAGUCUCCAGUGCACGUGGUGAACCAGCUCAGCGUCCCAGUCCAACUGAGGCUCAGUGCCACGGAGCUUCCGGACGAGAUACCGCCGUUGGGCGCCGCACCGCUGCCUGCGAACCUGGACGUUCGGGACCAACUGUCUGUUCGACCCAGCAGACGGAGAGGCGCGCCCUGGAGUCGCAACUUCAAGUUGGAGCAGCUUCUCCUGGGGCCCCCGGAUGGGGCUUUCAGGAGCCAUAACCCGGUCGAGGGCAAGCCGGGCGCAGGGACCGCGGGCGAGGUGGCUGGUUGCGCCUUCUGCCUGGUGUGGAAGAUGGAGUCGAUUCAUGUCCAGGGCGCGCCAGAUGCCCGGCAGUGGACGCUCAGUCUGCACGCGCCCGUCACGGUGGUGUCCUCUCUUCCUGUGCCCUUCACUGUGGAGGUCCGUGGUGCGGGAGCCGCCCCACUGAGAGAGACCCUGCAGCCGGGGAAGAAGCGCCGGCCCGUGACUGAGGCGAGAUUCACUCCUUGCCAGGGAGUGAACUGGAACUGCCACUCGCCCGCACUUCCUCCGCAAAUCUGGAGCCCGGAUUUGAGGGUGCCCCUGGCGGUUCCCGUCGACGAGGCGGGCAAGCAGCGCAUCAACAUCCUGAUAGUGAUGUCAUGGCAGCUUCUAGAGAAGCCCGUCGUCAUUGCCGUGCACAGCCCCUCGUGGAUCGCGGAUCACGUUCGCUCGGAGCAGCUGCGAUUCAUCUAUCCGCGACAGGAGCGAACCUCCUCCCGCAUGCCCGGAAGCAGCUUCAGUCGCAUGCCGGACCUCUGCUACGUCCCGCUGCCGCCCAAUGAUGAUGUGGCAGGUGAUCCCCUGGCACCACGGAUGCUGCCUUUGGACUGUGACGCCACAAGGAUUGCCGUCAGGCUGCGGCAGACGGAGUCGCAGGCGCUGUCACUGCAAGCCAUCCAGGCCUGUACUGUGCAGAUGGCGGCGAAAAAGGAGCCGGAUGACAACGACCAGGAGCCAGACUUUGUGUUCUUGGGCGUCCGUAACACCUUGCAGUUCACCCGCAUAGGGGAUCUCAGCCUCGAGGUCCGUGUGGUGCACGUCGCCCCUGCGCAGGUUGCCGUCAAUGCGACGGGGAGGCCCCUCAACCUCCGGCAGAGCAGUCGGCCAAGGAAGGGGUGGGGCCAGGGCGCGGGCAUCAACGUGUCCAAGCAGGUCGUGUCGGUACCUUCCGGCCGCCGGGCCGCCAUACACUGGAGCAGCCCGGGAAAGGAACCGCUUUGGAUUCGAGUGCAGAUCGCGGACAGUCCCCGCUGGCGAUGGUCUGGGAAGCUUCGCGUAGGAGAGGUGGGGGAGUACUCCUUCCAGUGCUGCGCCGAGCACCCGAACCAGUGGGAGAUCGAGAAUCUGCGUGUGGAGGUUAGGAGCGAGGAGGCGACGACCUACUUCAUCUUCCGGCUUGGAAGCGAAGCCACAGCCCCGAUCUUGCUCCGCAACUUCAGCUCAGAGCCGAUCCUCAUCCAACAGGCGAGCAGCGACAUGUCGGAUGAGGAGAAGCGGGGAGUGAAUGUGGAUUUGCAGAGUCUAGUUGGCCUGAGCUUUGAUGAAGGAGACAAUGCCCCACAUGUUUCUGGGGGCUACGUGUCCUCUCCAAUGAAGAGCGGCUGGUUGCUGGCCGACAGGAACGCGCUUCAGUUUGAGAGCAUACUCAUUGGCGGAUCUCAUUGCGGACAUCUCAUGCGAGCCACCACCUAG